AUGAAUAAAGCCAUAUAUUUUUCUCUGAUAUUUUUUGUGGCCGUAAACAUAUCGACUUCUUUUUCGAUCAGAAAAAGAACAGAAGAAUAUUUACCAGACGAUGUAAAUAAUGAAGAAAAAUUUAAUAUCGAUGCUCAGAUUGAUAGAAUUUUCGGUGAAACCAAUGUCGUGGAAAAUAAAGAAAGCGAGGAUAGCCAUGAGAAAACGAUUGAGGAAAAUGUCAAUAACAAAAAAAUUGAUGAAAAUACCAAUAACAAAAAAAUUGAUGUAAAUAAUGAAGGAAAUUUUAAUAUCGAUGCUGAGAUUAAUAGAAUUUUCGGUAAUAGCCAUGAGAAAACGAUUGAGGAAAAUGCCAAUAACAAAAAAAUUGAUGUAAAUAAUGAAGAAAAUUUUAAUAUCGGUGCUGAGAUUGAUAGAAUUUUUGGUAAAACCAAUGUCGUGGAAAAUAAAAAAAGCGAGGAUAGCCAUAAGAAAACGAUUGAGGAAAAUGUCAAUAACAAAGAAACUGAUGUAAAUAAUGAAGAAAAUUUUAAUAUCGAUGCUGAGAUUGAUAGAAUUUUCGGUAAAACCAAUGUCGUGGAAAAUAAAGAAAGAGAAAAUAGCCAUGAGAAUACGUUUAAGGAAAGCGAGGACAGGGAUGAGAACACGUUUGAGGAAAAUAAUAAGAGUAAAGGACACGACGAUCAAGAUUAUAAAGAAUAUGGACCUUAA